UAGAUGUUGUCACGGACAUUAUAGCCAAAGAACUAUAGAAUAAAUUUAUUUAUACUUCUUUGUUAAAGCAUAACGUAUAUAGACAGGAGUGAAGUAACAUCGUUUUAAAAGUUCCGGGAAUUAAUACUAGUUAAAAAAAAUGGAUCCAUCAGCACCGAAACCAGAAGGACCUAUUGGAGCAGGAGGAUGGAAAAACCAUCUGUUUGGAUGUUUCAACAACUUCCAGAUUGCUAUUACAACGUUUCUACUUCCGUUUGUAACAUUUGGUACGACAGCCGAGGCGGUUGGUGAGGGCAACUGUAUCGUUUGUGCUGCAGCCUUCUUCAUACCCUUUUUCAAUUGUUAUGAAUGGGUAAAAAUUCGAGGAAAGAUUCGAGAAAUGCGUGGCAUUCCUGGAACACCCACUCAGGAUUUGGUCAUCAUUCUAUUCUGCAGUUACUGUGCGCUAGCCCAGGAAGCCCAGGAAAUGGAUACACAAUCACCAAGUGCACAGAGCAUGAGCAGAGCAUAACCAGAACCGGAAGUGCAUGUAAUAUUGAAACCAGAAGUAAAUAUAGAUUCGUGUAAAGCAAUGUCUUAUAAACUUAUUUAGAUGCUCGUUUUAAAAGAGAAUAUACACGAGACAGAUAAUGUUUUAAACUGUGAUAUUUUUAUUACAAAUGAAAAAGUUAGAGUUUUUGUACAUUCAUUGUCAGAUUUAAUUAAUUUAUGACAAAUUCUCCGCCGUCCAGUUGCAACUUUAGGGGGAGCGGAAGUAUGAUGUCAUCCGAUUAAAACAUGUGUUGUCAUUAGAUGUUUGAAAUCCUUGUAGUUUAUUUAUAUUAAUAUAUGUUAUAUUUAUUACAUUGAUGUUGUGUUAUGAUAAUUUUGUACGUUUAUUGCCAUCUUUUUAUAAACUUUUAUGAAAUUCU